CGUCUGGUCACAUUUUGUGGAUAGUGAUGGAGAUUGGGCUCGUUUUACCUCGGCCGUAGUCCAGCUGUACCCGGAGCUGGAGGAAUCCAGCAGGGACUGGUUUUUCAGUCUCAGAAGUGCGUUUGAAGGCUCGGACACCAUCUCAAUAUCUUCUCUGGGCGAGUAUUUUCGCAGUUAUUGUCAUUAUUUGGCGUCGCUCGAGAAGCAAAGAAGCCAUCAUCCCAUGUAGCUUCAGCUUUUUUUAGUGGGUUCCCGCCCAAGUUCAGACGCGAGGUACUCAAGUAUCUUGACUUGCCAAGUCGAAGGGUUACUGUGUCUAGCCCUAUGGCUCCAGCUAAACAGGUUCUCGCACUCGGAAAUGGCGUCUGGAAGUGCAGCGAGGCCAACAAUUCACGCGCGCAGCCAUCGUGCGCCUCAGACGAUCAUUUCCCCCGCCGAUCAUACUCGUUCUGCUUCUUCUGUGGACUUUCGGGCCAUAUUCGGGCAAGCUGCCAUUCGUUCAAGCCGUAUUUAGCUUCGGGAAAGUGUCUACUCAUCGACGGCCGCGUUGUACUACCUACUGGACUGGAAAUCCCGCGCGAAGUUGCCGGACGGACUCUACGAGACCGUCUUGACAACUGGUCUCUGUUGACAAGCCAGUUCGAGACUCGUACGGGCUUGUCGCCCACUCGCUCACUCUCACCCACAGCCGCACCCUCUCGAAGCGUGUUCGACACACCGUCGUGCAUACCCGCUCAGACGAGCAUUGUAUCUACUCAGUCCCCACCUACUAUCCAGCCCGAACCAGUAGUAUUCGACCCGCCAGCCGUUCGCUCUCGUAGCUCACCGUAUGCGCAGCCACAGUCGAGGUGGCCACAUGGCCGAGGCCAAUCGCCCUCGCGUCCUCGUUCACGGUCACGCUCGCAGACUCGAACGGGUUCGUACACGCAUUUGAAAGAUAAAUUCAUACCAGUCCAGUCGUAUGCCUGCAGCUCGAAGCAGUAUCGUGCUCGAAGGUGCUUGUAUUCAUACUCGACCAGUAGCUCACUCUAUUUUUCUUCCUUGUCCUCGUCCUCGCGCUCUCGCUCACGCUCAAGGAAGGUGGAUUCACGCACCCGCUCCAAGCCGAAGCGGUCGCGCAGCCGCAGUCGCGCGCCCCGGCAUUCUCGAAGAGCGCGUUAACGCUCCAUGUCACACGAGUUCUUUUAGGUUUUUCGUUUCUUUUUUUUGAUUAUGGAUCUUACAGUAUCUGGUAUGGAUUGACCUACGUCGUUAUGCGGAAUUUUUGGUACAUUAC